ACCCCUUGGAAGCAGCAGUGGGUGAUUGUCUGUCUGCACAGUUGAACGAAGGAGGCAAGGAAGAGACAGUGGUAUAGCGAGCAUGGCCGCGGGAGCAGAGGACUCGAAGGCUAAGAUAAUGCGCGGAUUCAAAGUGUGAGUUUGGCCGUGCGUAACUGACGACAGCGGGGGGAAAUUCGCACCGAACUUCUUUUGGGGGUGUGUGUAGCUGUCUCUUGCAACUGUACAUUUCCAUGAAAUCGGUGUACGUCUGUAGAAUACAUACGACAUACGACAUACGAGCGAAAGCAUCGCUCCUCUGCAACCAUUACGAUCAUACAGUGGAUUAGGUAGCGAGUAGAUCGCCUGCUGGUGGGAUGCGGUUUUCACGCAGCGUUUUGUUGUUUGCAGGAAUUGGAUGAAUCUGCGAGAUGCAUCCACAGGAAAGGUUCUCUGGCAGAGUAAAGAAGACAUGUCUGUACCAGGUGCUGAACAUGAAGGUAAGUCGAUGGGCGUUGGCCAUCUGUUUUGGCAACCUCGGCCAGAACCUGUGCCUGAUUGAUUGCGACACAAUGUUCGUGCACACAGCGCGAGUGCCCAAGAAGAUCCUCAAGUGUAAAGCUGUGUCGAGAGAAAUCAACUUUACGUCGUCGGAGAUGCUCAACGAAUUACGGUUGGAGCAGAGAGUUCAGUUCAAGGGAAAAUCAGUAGAAGAGUGGAAUUUCAGGUUUGGAUUCGUCAUUCCUGGCUCCACCAACACUUGGCAGUCGGUCAUCGAGGCCGAGGAUGAAUCCCAAAUGAUGCCCGCCGAAAUCCUCACUGGUAAUCUGACAAUAGAGACCAAAUUCUUAGACGGAGAUUUACUAGUCAGCACAUCUGUCGUCAGAAUUUACUACGUUUAACUCCAUUUGCACAUGUAUUAUUUAGCAUUCUACAAACAUCACUAACAUCAUCACAAUAUAUACACAUUUUUUUUAAUAUACUCUGCAAGUGAUAUAUAUACCAUAUUGAGAACUGAAAAUUGAAUCGUGUUGAUCAUUGCUAUAGACAGGUGAACGUGACUGCAGCUCCUUUGUAAGGGUCCAUUGUGUUACUGGGUUCUUCAUGUGAUCCAGAAUAGCACUUCAUUAGGGCUAGCUCCUUCGUUACUGCGUAAUAAAUCCCGUGCCCCUCGCCAUAUCCUGUCCCCUCGUCAGUAAAGUGAAACGACGUGAGAUUGUGGGAAGGAGGGACGCGCCAGGGAAUGGUUGCCGUGGAACUCCAGUAACGACACGGUUUGGUGUGCCUCCGUUCCAAUCUGCUCUGAGCCGAGACGUGGACUUUGGACCCGCACGUGAAAUCGACACACGACGCUUUCAAGUGUGUGGCACCAGUUGUGCCGGUACACGGGUCUUUGUUGGGUGGUGCAGUCGCGGCCUUGUUUCCUAGCGCGGUUGCAAUUUCGAAGGCUACCGAAGUAAUCUCGUCCCCUGGGACCGUAGCUUACUGCCUUCACAUCGCUGUACAGAGCACAGUCAAGAACGGCCACUUUCAGAUAGCAGUAUCCAUCUACUUCUCUCUCUCUUCCGUCAGAGGGUUUUGUGAGCAAGAUGGUCGGUCGCGUCUGGUACUGGCUCCGUUUUGAGCUCACUCCAAACGUGAAGUGACCAGAGUGUACCCCCGAAUGCUGCCUACAAGCCUCUUCGCUCGGAUAAAACGGAUGUUUCCCCGUAAUCCCAACGUUCUGCUUGUCGACAGUAUAGAUCAUGAUCUCGUCCUUGCUACCCAUGAUGAUACCGUUACUAAUACUCGGAGUGACUGCUUCCAACUCCACACUAGACGGUCGGCUUGGACUGAGAACUCCGACCAAGACUGCAGACGCUCUUCAAACACGCUCCAAUUCCAGGCAGAGUGGGUGCGGAGUGCCGGUAAAACGAACCCUUACCUAACACGUCGUCGCUCUGUCUCAACUGAAUAUCGACGCUGGUCAAUUCAUCUCGGAGAACAGAGCCCUGGAACACGAGGACUUUGACCCAGCAUGAUAAUCGUAGGGGGUACCCCGACUGCCCAGACUCGAUGUAUCUGCCUCAGUUUGCCCUGAAGAGUCACCAAAUAGUACGACCCUUUUUCUUCCUCGCGCGACGUGUCUCCAACGACGGUCACCCUCCCGUGGUCUAACCAGCGUUUCUGGAGUCGAGAGUAAGAGAAGAGAUGCAGGGAGGUGACCUGGGCGGGGCUACACUAGACUCCAUCCUCAGAGAUACGGUAACAAC